CACCUCAUCGUAGCUUCACCAUGGACUUCGCUCGCCGGAAAGCGGCGGCGCUGGCCGCGCUCUCCUCGCCGGCGCCAGACAAGUCCCCAAAGGGCGGAGUAGACGCCCCCAUCGCCCAGCUUCUCGAUGCUCUCAACUCCCACGCGGACCUCUUCACCACCUCCUCCUGCUCCGGUCGCAUCUCAGUCCUCGCGCAGCCCACGCCCAAGCCCCACACGAGCGACCCCAAGCCUAAGAAGAAGGCCCGGGGCGGCGGGUGGGUGUACAUCUCGCACGACCCCGCGGACCCGGACGCCGUCGUGGAGCUCCUGUUCAGCGGGACUGGAGGCGGAGAGAAGGGUGCAGGGGAUGAGCUGGUGUUCAGGUUCGAGCCGAUGAUCGUGGCGGUGGAGUGCAGGGAUGUUUCGGCGGCAGCGUCGCUCGUCGCCGCCGCAAUCCAUGCGGGGUUCCGGGAGUCAGGUAUCACAAGCUUGCAAAGACGUGCGAUGGUAGCAAUAAGGUCUUCAAUUCGCAUGGAGGUGCCUCUUGGGCUGACUGAUGAGCUUGUAGUUUCUCCGGAGUACAUCCGGUACCUUGUUAGCAUCGCCAACUGUAAAAUGGAGGCAAAUAAGAAGCGAAUGGAUGGAUUUCUGGAUCUUUUGCAGUCUAAGGGUCUGCCAGGUAUACCCAGGUUGCAAGAUGAUCAUACUAAAGAAGAUGAUCGUUGCUUGGGCCCGGAAGUUAAGUUGCCACUCAGUCAGAGUGUACAGACACGUGAUGAUCUGUUAACAGAAAAGAGAAGCGGUGUCUAUAAUUGUGACGUUGGUGACAAAAGUGAUGGUGAAUUUGGUGAGAAUUCAAUAGAAGGAUCAUAUUUUGAAAAUCGAAACCCUGUACGCAACAACGGUGCCAAGCAUGGUUUUGGUAAUGCUGAACGAUUAAUGCAGGAGGAAAAACUGUCAGCAUCAUCGGGAAAUAAAAGUAGCCAUCUUUUUGUUACCGAGUUGAAGACUAGUGGUGAACCGAUUGAGAAACUCUUCUUAUGGGGCCAAUCUGCUUGUGCCUUAACUGUUGGUGGAGAGCAUUGCAUCCUAACUUUUGGUGGUUUUGGAGGACCAGGAAGGCAUUCAAGAAGAAAUUACUCCCUUUUGCUUGAUCCAAAAUCUGGUUUGUUGACGGAAAUAAUCGUUAAAGAUACACCUUCACCACGGUUGGGUCAUACAAUUACUGCAGUAGGCAAUCAUAUUUAUGCUAUUGGAGGUAGGGCUGGUCCUUCAGAAAUUCUUGAUGAUGUUUGGGUUUUGCAAAGCACGGAGAAUAGAUGGUCAAGAGUAGAGUGCAGUGGAAAUAUUUUCCAGCCAAGGCACCGACAUGCUGCUGUUGCUGCAGCCUUGAAAAUAUAUGUUUUUGGUGGACUCAGUAAUGAAGGCAUAUAUUCUUGUAUGAAUAUAUUGGACACAGAAAGCAUGCAGUGGGAUGUGAUUCCUGCUGCUAGUGAAUGGCCAUGUGCUCGCCAUUCACAUUCUCUGGUGUCCUAUGGGUCAAAACUGUUCAUGUUUGGUGGUCAUGAUGGUCAGCGGGCACUGGAUGACUUCUAUAGUUUUGAUGUAACAACACUCAGGUGGAACAAAGAAAUCACCAGUGGAAGAACUCCAUCUCCCAGAUUUUCACAUUGCAUGUUCAUCCAUAAACACUACCUCGGGAUACUUGGCGGUUGCCCUAUUAGAGAAAACAACCAGGAAGUUGCAUUGCUAAACUUAAAGCAUAGUGUCUGGUUACAUGUCUCCAUUCCAUCUCUUGGUCAUUGCCUCUGUGUCCGUAGCUCACCUAUUGUCAUUGAUGAUGAUCUUGUUGUUAUUGGCGGCGGUGCAUCUUGCUAUGCAUUUGGAACAAAAUUUAGUCAACCAGUAAAAAUUGAUCUUCAUUUGGUGGAAUCGAUAUUUAACCUUGCUUACAAGAAAGAUGACAUGGUUACACAAAGUUGUGAUGCGUUAUCUACCCUGGAUAUACAAGAACGUGACCAAAAUGGCACCUUUGCUGGUCAUAAUGCAAAGCCAAAAGUUGAUACCGCCACUAAUGGUUUUGCUGAUUCAGAUUUUCUGGUUUUCCAAUUGGAGAAGAAGUAUGCCAAAUUAGGGAAGGAUAUUCUAAAAAAGUUUGGAUGGUUGGACCUUGCUAGAAAAGUUCGAGUCAGCCACGAUAAUGUCAAUAUUCUUUUUCCAGUUAGUAGAACCUUUCAUGCCCUAAUCACUGAUCAGUAUUCCAAGACACUUGAUGAUAACUCAUGUAUCUCUGAAGAGCUAUUGGGGUGUCCGGAAAAGAAGCUUGUAGGCGCUAACAUUACUCUUCAUAAAGCAUUGGAAAUAUUGUCAUCUUGCCAUGGUUCCUUUUUGAAAGAUGAACUAGCUCUCAGCCGAAAAGCUUCUAAAUCUCCUCCUCAAACCAUCAUGAGAGAACUUGUAUCUCUUCUACUGGAAAGAAAAGGAAUGCCCUCUCAGUUGCUAGAGCAGCUGCCAACUAGGUGGGAAACCCUAGGUGAUAUCACUGUGCUUCCAAAGACUUGUUUUAAGGACCCACUGUGGGAAUCCAUUGGAGCAGAACUUUGGCACCUAAUUGCCAAGUCACUCGGGGCACAACGUCUUGCUCGCCAAGGAAAAAUCAUGCCAAAUGGCACAAGAGAUAGCACAUUAGAACUUCUUGUCGGUGACAAUGGGUGGGUGACCCAUUAUGAAAAUGGCAUCUCUUAUUCACUUGAUGCAACAAAAUGCAUGUUUUCUUCUGGUAAUCGCUCUGAGAAGCUUCGCAUGGGACAGCUUGAUUGUAGAGAUGAAGUGGUUGUGGACUUGUUUUCUGGAAUCGGAUACUUUGUGCUCCCAUUUCUUGUGAAGGCUCAUGCCAAGUUAGUUUAUGCAUGCGAAUGGAAUCCACAUGCCCUGGAGGCUCUUAACCGGAACGUGAUGGACAACCAUGUAGCAGAUCGCUGUGUUAUACUUGAAGGAGACAACCGUCUGACAGCACCAAAAGGAGUUGCUGACCGUGUUUGUCUCGGGCUGAUACCCUCCAGUGAAUGUAGCUGGGCUACUGCUGUUAGGGCUUUAAGGGUUGAUGGAGGCAUACUGCAUAUACAUGGGAAUGUCAAUGACACGGACGAGGCACGCUGGUUGGACAAUGUUGUUGAAUCCAUCAGUAGUAUCGCCACAACUCAUGGACUAUCUUGGAAAGUCUCUCUGGACCAUGUUGAACGCGUCAAAUGGUAUGGGCCGCACAUUCGACAUGUCGUAGUCGAUAUCAGAUGCCGGCCAAACUGACAAAGCAAAAAAAAUGCUGAAGAAGAUCAUUCUGUGCUUGCGGAUUCUGGAUUGUAUGAAAGGCAGUACUGCUAUAUCCUUUUGGUGGCUCGCCCUGCUGUUCUCAAGGGAGGAGAACAGAACAAUGACAG